UGCGUCAUAAUAACUGUUGCAGAAGUUGUUGUCGUAGUAUUUCGAAAUGUUGGCGCUAACGUUGUUUUACAGCAAAUUUGCAGUCUGAACCGAGCAUUCCUUGAUGGUUCCGAUCCGAUCUAUGCUGUCAGUCUGAAACGCUACCAAAUUACCUUCAAAGUGCAACACAAUAUUUACGGAAUGCACCCUAGCUUGGAAUUAGCCGAAUUAGCUACGGAUGUUGUUUCCAUGGUAAUGAAACUUUCUGUUGACGGCAACCUAUUGUUAUUAGCUAAUUAUUGCUUGUGACUUGACAUUGCAAUUAUUUUUUACGGAUGUGAAGAGAGAUGUCAUCGGGUUUCCAGCCUUCCGAAUUUCAGAGUUCCGGGCCACUUAUUGACGAUAGUUAUAAUGUUUCACGUAACGAUCAUCCAUCGAGAGAUAAAAUACAAACACAACAAGCAUCGGAAACCCGAAGCACCUCUCUUCGACUGAGAUUCCACAAUCUGUCACUGGAUGAGCUGAGUGAAAAACUUGAUAGACGAACCAAGGAAACACAAAGACUCCAAGAGGAGGUGGAAAAUGCAACCAGAAUUGCCCUGGAGAGUUUUGGCUGCACUUAUGGGAAUAGUUCUCCUGGAACAAGUAACUGCCUUAAUGACUCAUCUGAAGAUGGCAUUCUUUCAACCCACCAGCAAACAGUAAGUCAUUCUCUGGUCUGCAAUCUGUAUACUUUAAACGAAGAAGUGGUCCAAAGCAACCAAAACUCUUCUCAAAAGGAUGUGUUGAAAAAUGUAGUGGAUAAUUGUCUUCAACAACUGUCUGAACUGCAGCUCAAGAAGAUGCAUGAUUGGCCUGAACAAGACACAUUUAAUCAUCAGAGAGCCACCAUGAACCUGCAAAUUAAACUGCAUGAGGCCCAAAUGGAGAAAAAUGGCCUGAGGUUGAAGGAUUCAAGGGAGCACAUUGAUCAAAUGGAAAAGAUGCUGUGCAUGUUGGAAGAGCUCCAGAACAUCAAAAGGUCUGCGGACCAGAAGCUCCAAGACACGGAGGAUGAAGCAUUGGCACUUAAAAGGAAAGUAGAAACACUGGAAAAGGCUGUUAAAGAAAUGUACCACUUACUGUAUGAGAAACAAUGUGGGCACAACUUUAUCACUCCUAAAGGUGCAAAUAGCCAAACACAGCAGUCUCUGGCCAAUGAAUAUGGGGAUCUCAUCAACAAGCGAGACAAGAUACAAGAAAGAUGUUUUAGUCCAAAGGAACAGCAAAGGAAUGAAGUAUACAGUGGAGUAAAAAAGGAAGAAAGGAUUGAAGACCUGAUUACAAGUCUUGGCCAGGAGAUGGCGAUGUUGACUGACAAACUGAGCUCAUCAAAAGACAGCGGCGUCGGUCUGUGUGUCAAACUGGAGCUGCUGAAAAAACUAUCAGAGAGACAGGCAUCCUUGCACCAGCGGCAAAUCAGUGAACUUGAAUCAACCCUUGCCAGCUACAAAGAUAAGGUUUGUUGUCUGGAGCAACAACUCACUGAAGCUCAGACUCAGCUGUUUGACACCCAGAGAGACAGAGACCAUUCACUACAACAGGCAAAGGAGCUGCAGGCCUACCUUCAACAACUCAAGAAUUGCUGUAAGCAGCAGCAGCUUGAACUCCAGGAGGAUGCAGAAAUCCUGAGAGGACAGCUGGAAGUGACCAGGGAGCAGCUUUCCAAAGCUGGGGAGGAGAAUAUCUGCCUACAGGCUCUAAUGGACCAGAGGGCCCUGGAGGAUAGAAAGUUCCUGGGACUCCUGCAGGAAAAAGAUGCUGAACUUUGUCUCAGGCAGCAAAAAAUCCAGCAGCAUCUCGUCAGGUUAGAAGAAGCUCGGAGUCAGUGCCAGACCCUGCAGGCUGAACAAGAAACACUGAGGCUGAAACUGAAUGAAAGAGAGAAAAUGAUGGAUGAUUUAACGUUGCAAAUGGAAAGUAGCGUCCAGAUGACAGUACAGCACAGACACAUGAUUGACAGCCUUCAGCAGGAGAACAACCUCCUCAUCAACCAGCUGAACCAGCACAAACUGGACAUUCAUCAGCUCAGAGCUGACUUAGUCCAACACAAGUCAGACUUGGCUGUGGCGGAAUGUGGGAGACGGCAGCUACAGGCCUCUGUGACUGAACAGAGUCAGCGUGUACGAGAAGCGAAUCAGCAGAAACAGGAAAUUACCUCACAGUUGGAGCUGCAGCAUAUGCAGUUACUCACCCUAACCAAGGAACACAAGGAGUUGCAACUCCUCCACAGCUGUAAGAACGACGAGCAUGAGGGUGUGGUGAUGAAACUCCAGAGUCGGCUUAGGAGCGCCCAUGACGAGCUUGAUAAGAUUGGGCCCACCCUGAGGGCCCUCGAAGGAGCAGAUGGACAUGGUCUUCAGGUGGCUUUAGACAUGCAGAAGGAGAUCACUGCCAGAAGAGAGCAGGUUGAUUCUCUGCAGGGCAAAAUCCAACAUCUGGAGGAGAACAUGGAGAAGCUUCAACAGGAGAAACGCUACCAGAACCUGGAGACCCAGCGUCAGCUCCAGGAGCUUAUCUUCAUCAGAGAGGAGAAAAGACAACUCGUCAAUGAGCUGAAGGCCCUUCGCUCCAAAGAUCAACAGUUACGGGAGCGAAUCAGCGAGCUAGAGGCAAUCCUUCACAAGAUGUCAGAAAGCUUUGCAAACUGUCAGGAUUUCAUCCAGCUGAAGGAGCAGGAGUAUUUUCGUCUUAAACUCCAACAUGCUCUGGACUUAAAGGAGCUCCAAGGUCAGAAUUUGUGCACAGGUCUGAAUGUACUUCCACCUGACCUGGACUCCCUGACCCGCUCUGCACACACUGUUCCACCCUCCUCCCAGUGCCCCUCCAACAUCCAGAUUGAGUCAAAAAGGCAGCAGGAGAGUUCCCCUGGCAAGCUUGGAUUUCUUAUCAGAGAGCUGCGAGGAGAGAUUUCAGGAAAUCACAGACCACACACUGAUAAGAGCAGCAGUUUCUACAGGAGGAGGUCCGCUCCAGAAGGAGAGCACAGAACCACAUUUUCUGACAGUAAUGAAGAACUAAAAGCUGGCUCAAGAUUGGGAAGAAAGACCUGCAGCAGGGAGCCACAAUUCCUAAUGACUACUGAGCUGAACGGGAAGAUGAUCAGCAAAAACCCAGUGACUGCCGAGGUGUACACCAGCUUCCCAAAGUUACUCUCACUUGGCCGCAGGUCACCUGUCAACUCUCUCCUGACUUCUAACCCAAACAGCUAACACACGACACAGCAAUCCGGAGUCUGGCUCCUUCUAACAAAGUCCUGUUUUUCGAAGGCUCAUCAGAUGAAGUUCAGUCACAACAGACUUUUGUACUUAAUCAUGUUUUAUUUUUAUUAUUUAUCUUCAAUAAAGUGUUUAUAGUGUU